GUAACAUCAGAAACACUUCUGGCUUGCAGAAAGGCGGAUCCCUCUCUGCCUCUCAGAACUUCUUUUGAGCCUAUUUUUACCUGCCAUACAUCGGCGGGUCCUAGUAACACGCCAGCUCAGACUAAAAUUGUUGUCUUACGUAUUAUAACGACAUUGCAUUUCCUCGGUCGAGUUCUACGACCGACUCAGCGCGACGACAAGAAUAGUUUUCCAGCUCUAGCUAGCUAACUUUUAACGCACUAGCAUUUAACUUGACAACUGCCCUGCAGCAUAACAGGGAAGGAGCAACACCGGAGCAAACACAGGAAGAUGGAAGAUAAAGAAUUGAUGUGGGCAUUGAAAACCGGGGACCUGGAUGAGGUCCAAGCCAAACUGGUAACGGCUGAAGAUGUAAACCGGACCCUGGAAGGUGGGAGGAAGCCCCUGCAUUACGCUGCAGACUUUGGUCAGACAGAUGUGGUGGUGUUCCUCAUCUCUAAGGGAGCAGAUGUCAAUGCUCCAGACAAACACGGGCUCACUCCACUGAUCUCUGCCUGUUUCGAGGGUCACCUCUCCUGCGUCAAGGUCCUGCUAGAAAAGGUUGGUACUUUUUUUGAGCAUGCUCAAAUCAUACAUCUGAAUCUCCGCACAGAAGUGCUUGGUGUCCUUCACCACUCAGUGCCUGUUGAUUUGUCAGUGGCUCUAUGUGAGCCGUGAGUGCUGAUGAGGUAACUCAUUGGACAAAAGGCCCUUUAACUCAGUCCUGUGGAGGCUGUGCUGGAAUGUUCAUUGUACAUUGCACAGUAUUACUGCUGUUCACUUGUUUUGUGUCUGUUUUUAAGCAGUUUCAGUUUCAGAGGUGCUCAGGCCUUUGCUCCAUCUAAAUGUCUUCCUCAUUCAUCCACCCCAGCCUCCCUCAGUUCUUUAGCUCUGGAACUAUCUUAAAUUUCACCUCAGUCAAAAAGAUGCAUGUGGGAAUGUGCGCACACAGUCACAGCUGUGAGGAGAGAGACAAUACUGAGUCAGGCACAGCUGGCAUAGGAUGUAGAAAUGCAGCUGAAUAAUGAGCAUACCAUAAUGAAUGUCCAAUCCAACAAACGUCAUCCAGCAGAAGAAAACAAGAUUUGUGCAUCUCCAUCACAGUCAAAUAGAACGCCUCAUUUGUAGGUGGAGGUAGAAUGUCAGUGCCUCUUCUUGCAUGUCUUACCUGAAUGUUUGCACACCAGUCAUAUACAUAUAAAUGACAUAUCUUCUGCUCA